GCCUGUGGUGCGUGUGUGUGUGUGUUUUUUUUUUGCGAGGAUGUGAUGCGAUCUCACUUACAAAGAGCUGUCUCUGUCGACGCACACCCUUCUCUAGUGCCAGUUUAGCACAUUUUCAGCAUUUUUAUCCUAAGAAUUUUGGUGGAUAUGACCGCGUUAAGCUGUCGGUGCCUUCAAUGAAAUCAGAGGCCUUCGAUUGGAAACUGCGCUGUAACAGAGACCAUGGGAAACUGUAGCUCUUACGACUCGGACGACGGCUUCUCCUACCACCCUGAUGAUGAGAUCUGCGAGCACUGCAACUGCCCCAUUUCUUCUGGGAACCAGAUCUUGAAUAGCGACAACAAGUUUCCGUAUCCCAAUUCCGACUACACGCCUCCUCCGACCUCGCCAUUACCAGAUAACUUGGUGGUGGCGAAGUACACCUAUAAACCGUGCCACGCUGACGACCUGGGCUUCGAGAAAGGCGAGAAGAUGAAGAUCAUUGGCGAGGAUGAUCCUGAAUGGUACAUGGCUGAGUCUCUGUCGACGGGACAGAGGGGUUACGUGCCACGCAACUUUGUGGCCAAACUCAACAGCAUGGAGACAGAAUCCUGGUUUUUUAAGAAUCUCUCCAGAAACGAUGCCAUGAGGCAACUGCUGGCCCCCGGCAACACGCAGGGCUCCUUCCUGAUCAGGGAGAGCGAGACCACACCAGGCAGCUUCUCUCUCUCUGUGCGAGAUCUGGAUCACAAUCAAGGCGACGUCAUUAAGCACUACAGAAUCCGCAACCUGGACGCCGGUGGCUACUACAUCACCAGCAAGAUCUCCUUCACCUCCCUGUCCGAGCUGGUCAAACAUUACUCUCGAGAUGCAGACGGCUUGUGCAUACGUCUGGUGAAACCGUGUCAGACACGAAUGCCACAGAAGCCGUGGUGGCAAGACGAGUGGGAGAUUUCGCGUGAGUCACUCAAGCUGGAGAGACGAUUGGGACAGGGACAGUUUGGAGAAGUCUGGAUGGGUUUGUACAAUGAUAACCGGAGAGUGGCCAUUAAGAGUCUGAAACCGGGCACCAUGUCCAUCAGCGCCUUCCUGGCCGAGGCCAACCUGAUGAAGAACCUGCAGCACGCACGACUCGUGCGCCUCUUCGCUGUGGUCACGCAGGAACCCAUCUACAUCGUCACCGAGUUCAUGGAGAACGGCAGCCUGGUGGAUUUUCUGAAAACGCAAGAGGGCUCAAAUUUGCAAAUCAACACCCUGAUCGAUAUGGCCUCACAGGUGGCUGAUGGUAUGGCCUACAUCGAGCAGAAGAAUUACAUCCACCGAGACUUGAGAGCCGCCAACAUCCUGGUGUCUGAGGAGCUCAUCUGCAAGAUCGCAGACUUCGGCCUCGCUCGGCUCAUCGAGAACAACGAGUACACAGCCAGGGAAGGUGCCAAGUUUCCCAUCAAAUGGACGGCUCCUGAAGCCAUCAACUACGGCACAUUCUCCAUCAAAUCAGACGUCUGGUCUUUUGGCAUCCUGCUGACCGAGAUCGUGACCUACGGCAGAAUUCCUUACCCAGGUAUGACAAAUCCUGAGGUGAUCCAGAACUUGGAGAAAGGGUACCGCAUGCCUCGUCCGGAUAACUGUCCCGAGGACCUGUAUGCCAUAAUGAAGGAGUGUUGGACGGAAAACCCGGAGAACCGUCCUACGUUCGAGUACCUGCGCAGCGUCCUGGAGGACUUCACCACGGCCACCGAGCGGCAGUAUCAGGAGCAGCCUUACUGAGGAUGAACCAAACGAUGGUUUAAAAGACAGAACCGUGAUGAUCAGUAUAUAAGACAGAAAAGUAUCUUUUUUUUCCUGAUUACGUUGUGUAUAUAGCCUACUGAAGUCCUUAUUUGAGGACGGUGGGGUCUCUUUUUUUUCCGUUUAAAGACAGUGAUUAGUUCCUGUAGGUUUAUUUGCUUUUUUUUUUUUUUUUACGAGGCUGAAGAUAGUCUGAGAAAAAAAAACUGUCCUUCAGCAGCCUCCUUUUUUCCUCCUGAAGUGCAGAACGAUUGCUGUUUCAAAUCCUUGUAUGUAAUCCUGUCAGUGUUGAUCCUGUCUGUGUGUUUAGCUUAUUAUUGGUAACUACCUAUAAAUAGUUCAAAUAAAAGACCUGAUUUUUCACUUCUGACAGCAAAUCGCUCCAGAAUGUGUAGUUCAGAAUGGUAAUGAGAGUGGCGAGGAACAUUUAUAAAAAUGUUAACCUUUUUUUUUUGUUUAUAAAUGUAUAAAUAAAAAUCAUUUAAUACCUUUA